GGUAACUAUGAUGCAAGCCUUGAAUAAAUCAACCACAAAAAGAAAAGAGCAAGUGGAUAGUGAUAAGAUGGCUGCAUUGAGAGCAUGGCAUAGAGUGGAUUGCAGAACAAGAGAAGCAUUGAAGCGGAACUUCCUCUCUGAUCUUGUUCUGGGCUAUGAGGAACGGAUAUUGACAUUUAUCAAGGAUAGUGAAGACGAUGACAUGCUAAUGCUCCAUAUUCAAGAUCCUAUUCACAGAUUGUUGCUUCAUGGCGUUUAUGAGUUCUACAACUUGAUCUCUGUGACAAUUUCAAUUCCCGGAGAUGCGAAAAUGCGGAAGGUGACAAAAAUAAAGAAGAAAUUGGGCUCCCAAAGUCUCCCACCACAGAUUAAACUCACUCAAUUUCUGAGAAUGGCAAAGGAUGCAGCAGUAUAGAUCAAAAUCUGUGUGUACCAAAGUUGUAUGCUUUUUUAACUGUAAAUAGGUAGGUAGCAAAAGAUUAUGACUUAUUAACUCUCUUCAAGAUAAUUGUUAAGAAUCUUAUUUAAGGGGUGUUUGGAUAAUAAUAAUAUAAUGGGUGGGCUGUGAUCAUCUUGUUGA